AUGGCGGCGGGAGCCGAACGCGGCGCGGCGCUGCCCGCGGAGCCGCCGCCGCUGAGCGCCGAGGAGGUGGCGAGGAGGCUGGCGAGCACUCGCCGCGAGCUGGGCAACCGCCGCAAGAUCCUGCUGCGGAACCUGCCGGCCGAGAGCAGCAGCCAGGAAAUCCAUGACUUGUUUAAAGAUUAUGAAAUCAAGUACUGUUAUGUGGACAGGAAUAAAAGAACAGCAUUUGUCACCCUGUUGAACGGGGAGCAGGCCCAGAGCGCCAUCAGGAAAUUCCACCAGCAUUCCCUGCGUGGCAAGGAGAUCUCCGUGCAGCUCCAGCCCACGGAUGCUCUGCUGUGCAUCACCAACCUGCCCCUUUCCCUCAGCAUAGAGGAGUUUGAGGAACUGGUGCGUGCCUAUGGCAACGUGGAGAGAUGUUUCCUGGUCUACAGCGAGCUCACCGGCCAUUCCAAGGGCUAUGGCUUUGUGGAAUACAUGAAGAAGGACUCUGCUGCCAAGGCCAGGCUGGAGCUCCUGGGCAAGCAGCUGGAGGACAGCACUCUGUUUGCACAGUGGAUGGAUGUGAACCAGCUGACCACAAACCUCAUUCACUCCAAGUGCCUUUGUGUGGAUAAAUUACAAAAGGACUGCGCUGAUUCGAAAGAGCUGAUGCAGGCUUUCUCCCUCAAGUACAAACCUGUGUUCUGCCAGUUUGCCCAGGAUGAGGACGGGGGCAGCGGGGACUUCGCCGUGGUGGAGUACGAGAGCGCGGAGCAGGCGGAGAGCGUGCGAGGGGCCACGGACGGGGUGAGCAUCAACGGCAGGAGGGUCCAGGUGUCCUUCUGUGCCCCUGGGGCACCAGGCAGGAGCACCUUGGCAGCUCUGAUAGCAGCACAGAGGAUGAUGAGGAACAAUAGGAAAGGUUUGCUUCCAGAGCCAAAUCCAGUGCAGAUCAUGAAAAGUUUUAAUAAUCCAGCAAUGCUGCAGAUGCUGCUGCAGCCCCAGCUGCGUGGCCACGCUGUUAAACCUGUUCUUGGAGCAUCUGCAGGUUUACCUCACCUCAUAAAUUCAGCAGUUGGGCCACCUUUUUUGCAGCUGAAUAAAGUUCAUCAGAGCUCAGUUCUGGGGAGCACCUCCAGCCUGCUGCUGCAGAGCCCUGCUCACCUGCCCCUGCCCCAGCAGCAGCUCCUGAAGAUGGAAAACGUGCAGGCAAACAGUAAACCAGGUUUGCUGGGAGAACCUCCAACAAUGCUCCUGCAGACUGUGCUGGGCAUAGGGGUGAUGCCAGCAGUGAGCUCAGGCCUGGCAACACGAGGAGAAGCUCUCAAGUCUCCGGUUGCGGCGGCAGGGAUGGGCGUGCUGCCGUUCUUCCCGAACCAGCACAUCGUUGGACAGCCCCUCCCCGGGCCCGGCGCUGCCGCCGACAAAGCCGAGGCCGUGCCGGGAGCUCAGCCCUUCCCUCCGGCGCUGCCCGGCCUCCCCUCCGGGGCUCUGCUCUGCAAACCUCCCGGCCACGGCCACGGCAAGAGCUGCGACUCCAGCCUGGGGACUCCCUUGAAAAAACAGACUUCUCUGCUUGGGGAACCCCCAAAAGAAAUUCGGCUGAGCACCAACCCCUACUUGAAUUUGGCAAGUGUUUUGCCUGGUAUCUGUCUGCCAGCAGCAAUUGCCAGCAAAGCCUCCAGUCCUCCACAGCACACCAGCCUUCCAAACAAUGUCAUGGAUGCUGCUGUGUCUCAGGGAACUGCAUCACAACAUGCAAUGGAAAAUUAUUUCAGUUAUUCCCAGCAGCCUGGGGAAUACCCACAGGAGGCUGUCCAGCAGUGGUACCAGCAUUAUGCUCAGGCACAUCACUCUACCCAGGCCAGAGUGGAUGGCUUGGAAAAUGGAGCCUCUGAGGAAUCUACGGGUGGAUCUUUCCCAGAGUACAGCACCUGCCUGCAGGUGGUGCCUGCCCUUUUGAGUGGAGCCCAGGGAUCCCAGCCGGGCUUGCAGCCUCCUCCAGCAAAUCCUUUAAAGCAGGUGGCCCCGAAGCGCAGCUCCUCGUACCUCGUGUCCGAGCCCGGCCCCGUGGAGUUCCCGGCUCCCGGAGGAGCCGGAGCCGCGCGCUACUCGGAAUCCUCGCUGAAGAAGAAGCGAGUGUAUUGA